AGCGACAGCAGCUGCAGGACCACCCAAGAACAAACCACAGCAGACUCAAACCACCCACCACUAACUCACUAAGCCACCACUAACCACCAACUUCAAACAGUCAACAAGAUGAAGAAAACCAUGCUAGGGAAGAUGCUAUCUCGCAAGGACAAAGACAACCAAUCGAACAGCAGCAGUACCGGCUCAAUCGGCCGAUCAUCAAAGGACAAGUCAACUGCCUCAGAAUCACAAUCAAACAUCCCUUCACCAGCCAGCUCACAAUCUAACCUGAACAACAACAACAACAACAAUCAUAAUCAUGGUCAACAACAACCACAACAGCAACAACAACAACAACAACAAACAAACAGCAGCUCAGCAUCUGCCAGUGGAGGGAGCAUCGGCCGAGCUGCUGGACUAUUCAGCCGCUCCUCUUCCUCACCAGCACCACACCAACAACAACAACAACAGCAGCAGCAGCAAACUUAUCAACAACAACAGCAGCAGCACUCGGCACCCUAUCUUCCAGGUCGCAAUAACCCCAGCCAAAACAGCGUCCCAGGUAUCCUCGUCAGUGGUGACAACUCGACCGUCAUGCCAAUCGACCCCUUACCCCAUCCAUCAGCCUCUCUCCAUCAUCCUGUCUCCCCCGGCUCUCCUGCCGGCGCGCUAACAUCCCCAAACAGAUUGAACAGCAACCCCUCCAACCAAUUCGUCACCCCUCAAACUCCCCCCAAGGCCGGUCCGAUCGGCAAACUUCAGGGUAAGACUAACGUCGUCCCCGUCCCUCCCGGCGUCAAGGAUACGAUCCCGAUGGCCAAGACCCCUCGGAAACAACGUAGUAGUCGGUUCCAUGUCACCGAGAAGGUCGAACUCGAACGUCUUCCGAGCUUUCAUGAAGUCAACCCUCAGGAUCGACACUCACUCUUCAUCCAAAAGCUCCACCAAUGCUCCGUAGUCUUUGACUUCAACGACGCCUCCUCCCAGCUCGCCUCCAAACAGAUCAAGGGUGCAGCCUUACACGAGAUGCUCGAAUGGAUCACCACCCAACGUGGCGUGAUCACCGACGCGAUCUACCCCGAAGUCGUCUCGAUGUUCGCCUCUAACCUCUUCCGCUCCAUCCCCCCUCCCGUCAAUCCGACCGGGGACGCGUAUGAUCCCGAGGAAGACGAACCCGUACUCGAACUCGCUUGGCCUCACCUUCAGGUCGUCUACGAAUUCUUCCUCCGCUUCGUCGAGAGCCCUGACUUCAAUACCAACGUUGCCAAACGGUUCAUCGACCAGGCCUUCGUCCUCAACUUACUAGAACUCUUCGAUAGUGAGGACCCUCGAGAACGUGAUUUCUUAAAGACGACGUUACAUCGGAUCUAUGGCAAGUUUCUCAACCUACGAGCGUUCAUCAGACGGUCGAUCAACAACGUGUUUUAUUCGUUCAUCUACGAGACCGAGCGCCACAAUGGAAUAGCUGAGUUAUUGGAGAUCCUUGGCUCGAUCAUCAACGGCUUUGCCUUGCCACUUAAGGAGGAACAUAAGACCUUCCUCAUGCGGGUCUUGAUUCCCUUACAUAAGGUCAAAGGGCUUGCGCUCUAUCAUCCUCAAUUGGCCUACUGCGUCGUCCAGUUCUUGGAAAAAGAUCCUGCGUUGACCGAGGAUGUCGUGCUUGGUCUCCUGCGCUAUUGGCCUAAGGUUAACUCCCCAAAGGAAGUCAUGUAUCUUAACGAAGUCGAAGAAGUCUUGGAUGUCAUCGAUCCGGUUGAAUUUCGGAGAGUUGCUACGCCUCUCUUCAAGCAACUAUCGAGGUGUGUUAACAGUCAACACUUCCAGGUCGCCGAACGAGCUUUAUAUUACUGGAAUAACGAGUACAUCGUCAACUUGAUUUCUGAUAACGUCCACGUCAUCCUUCCACUCGUCUUCGAUGCUCUGUAUACUAACUCGAAGAUGCAUUGGAGUCGUCAAAUUCAUCAAUUGGUCUUCAAUGCUUUGAAGUUGUUCAUGAAUAUGAAUCCGGUUUUGUUUGAGCAAUGUACGGAUCAAUAUCGAGAGACUCGACAGAGGGAACAAGAGCGAAUGAUACAGAAAGAGAAGGCAUGGAACGAGGUGCGAGACACGGCGAUAGCGAACCAAGGGAACGUGGGCCAAAUCCCGGCUUCGGUGCUUGCGCCGAUCCCGCCGACGACGCAGAUGAUCGACAUGAGUGUGUUUGAUGACGACUUGAUCCACGGGUUACAGGGCGACUUCCCAGGGCAACCUCCCUCGAACAACCCAACCGGGCCCCCUCCUGCUGCUCCUCAACAGCAACAACAACAACAGGAUGGAGCGGUCGGGGUUUCCGUCGUUCUCUGAUCCCGAACAUCGAUCCUUCUGACGACUUCGGCCGCCCUCCAACAACACCAUCAACAGGCUUUUGCUAACCAACAACACCAACAACAACAGCAACAACACCAACAACAGCAGCAACAUUAUCAACAGCAACAGCAGCAACAACAACAUCACCAACAACAACAGCAUCCCAACUUUCCUAACCUCGACGAUCAGGCUCAAGAUAUGAAACAGUUCCCAGAAACCGCGCGUCAACAAGUGGCUGCUAAUGCCGCCGCUGGCGCGGGUGGUGCGGCUGCUGGCUCUGCUGCCGCUCAACACAUGCGUCGGAAAUCGGUGAUCCCUAUCGACUCGUCCGUCCUUAAAGAAUUGGCGGUCCAUAAAUCACUCGAUGAUACGGUCCCGCCGGUCGCUAAUAACUCGACUAAUGGGCCUCCACCGCCGCCUGGUAGUGGCUCUUCUUCUACGUGCUGAUCUCCUCUUCUUCUUCCCUUUGGCUUCUCUUUUGUCUCUCUCUCUCUCUUUCUAUGAACUGUUUCUCUCUAUCUCUUUAUCGAUCUCUCUCUCUCUCUCUUUUUUCUCAGUUAGUUAUUUAUGGUGAUUCGGCUUAAAAAAACAGAUCAAUCAAUGGAUGAUCGGAUCAGUGCAUAAAACAAUACAAUGGCUCAAGCAAUCAAGAAAACAAAAACAGAAAGCUAACUCUAACACUAAAAUCAAAUCAGUAUACAACUUAAUCUUGUCACUUUUUUGAUUAUUAUCAUUAUUGCUUUUAUUGUUUGUUUUUUCUGUUAUUUCAUUUCAUUCUCUUCUGCUUUUGUUUUCAUUGAUCCUUUCUUUCUCUUGGUCAUUUUCAUUAUCCUAUUUUCACCUUUACUUUUACUUUCACUUCAACCACCAAUUUCCAAUUUUCAUAUUUUUCUUCUUCUCAUUGAUAUAUUGAUAUAUAUAUAUAUAAAUACAUACACAUAUAUAUAUUUAUAUUUAUAUAGAUACACCUUUUGAUCUUCUCAUCAUUGUUAUCUUUUGUUUCCCUUUUUAAGUCUCUAUGUGUGAUUUGCUCCUCCUCUGGUUUCAAUUUUAGGUUUUCUCUCUUUCUCUCUUUUUG